ACUGUCAGACAGGACAGAUGUCAGCUUUCAUAAUCAGUUGCAUUUUCAUCGUAGCAAAUUUUUGUCAAUUACUUACUUUAAUAAACAGCUGUCCUAUUUCUAUAUUCAUAUUACCACAGUUUUCGAUAUUAUGUAAAAAGUUUUCAAUGUGAUGUGUUAGUUUUGUCAAGUUGUAGCUAUACUAAUGUAAUUUAAAGUGUCUUUGUGAAUCCUUGAAUAAUCUUUUUGUCCAAGAAUGUCGAUUCCUCCACUCGUUUGCAGUACUCCUCCUCCACCCGACCAGUGCGAAGACGACAAGGAUCCUGGGGAUUUCGACUUAUCAUACAGUUUGUCACAAGAGGAUGAUGAUGAUGAAGACAAUCACUAUAACUAUGACAACUUCUCUUCCUUCAACCAUUAUGGAUCCAAUGAUAAACCACUCCAACUCAACAACCAGGAGGAUGCUAAAAGUAUAGACAGUGGCACUCACAAAGAAAUGUUCAUGGAAUAUCCAAUUAGCAAGGAAGCUGAACAAAGUAGCAGUAGUAGUCAAAUUGGUACCAAUGAUAUACAAGAAAACAAGUUAAAAAGUGAAGAAGAUAUGAAUAUAGAGGAUUUAAAUUUAAAGUUGGAAGAAGAAAUUGUUAUUAAUGUAGUUGAAAAUAGUGAUGAAAAUGAGAAUAGUGACCAGAAUACUGAUAGUAUAAAAGAUUUAAACAUUCCAUGUAACUCUAAUAAUAGCAGCCAGGAUGAUGAUAGCACUAAUACCUCUCCUUAUGAAAAUGUAGUUGAAGCCACUCCCACAAAGGAAACACUUACAGAUUCAGAUGAAGCAGUAGUUGACCAAGUACUACCAGAUGACCAGUCUAUUGAUAUAAGUGUUAAAGAUGAGAACACCCAUAAUGAUACAAAUGAAAAAGAAGUUGAUAUACCAAUCAUCACAAGUAAGCCCAUUGAAGAAGACUGUACUGUAGAAAAGAUAAAUGAAAUUCCAGAAAGCUUUGAACAUUCCUUGAAAGAAUUUGAUAUUGAAUCAAGUGAAAAUGUGCAAGAUGAUGAUUUUGGUGACUUUGAUGAAUUCCAAUUUGCAAGUACUACUACAAAUGUAGUUGCUAGUGUUGUUGACAGUUCCAAUCCAUGGGAAAACAAUGAAACUACUGAAACGGACUUUGGUAACUUCACAGCUAACUUUGAUGAUAACAAAUCUCCUGUGGAAGAUUCAGUUAACACUGAAACUAGAAAUUCACCUACUGGAGAGCAGCAUGAGAUUGUAAAAGAGGAGGAUACCUGUGAAGAUGAUGAUUUUGGGGAUUUUGAUGACUUCAAAUCAUCUGCUAGAAUGGAAUCAAGUGAAGAGCAAGGGGAAGAUACAUGCCAUGAAAUGUCAGUACUCAAUUUACAGUCAACUGACAAUGAGCAUCAUAUAAUGGAAAGUGUGACCAAAGUAUUAGCUUCAGUAUUUCUUGAAGAAAUAUCAGAACCCAGUGAAGAGUUUGAGGGGAAACUAGAAUCAUUGCUCAGUGAAACAUGGGGACACUUGAUGGAAAUAGAUGAAAGGCAACCAUACAUUGUGAACUGGAACAACUCUUUAGGACAGAAGACUCUCUUAAAAGCUUUGUGUAUAGACUCCAGAAACAUUCUCUUUGGACCAAAAUGGAGUAGCCACAUGCCAAAAUAUGCAGCAAACUUAAGUGUGGCGCCUCUACAACCGCAGAAGCAAGCUGCUGCACCAUCUAAUGUCAGUCAGAGCGAACCUAUGACUGACAAAGCAUCAAGCAAGCCCACCACUUGGUCUGACCCAUUCUCGUCAGAGGGUCAAGAAUUCACCUAUGCCGAAGCCCUUCUCCUUGACCUUGAACACCUAAUGGCCACCCUAGACCAAAUGGCUCAUAACCAUUCCACCCUCAAGAUAUCUGAGUUACUGUCACAUGCUUGUAACACAGAACAUGAAAGUGCCGGUGGAGCCAUAGCGCCGAGGCCAACAGAUUUAGAUGUAUUUGAAGCUGCUAUGUCUACUAAGACAGAGAAAAUUUACUCAAGUACAUUAAAUGUACAACCUAUACGACAAAUAAAUUUACCUGACACUCAUAUAUUUACGCCGACCGACUCUGAGAUACCCAGGUCUAAAACUAUACAUUACGACCCCAGUCCGACAGUUCUCUUACCGCAGCCGGUAGUACCGGACAUUAAGAACAUAGACAACCCUCUUACACCAACUACAAGUCAAGUAGUUGAAGCGAAUGCGGAGGAUGAUAGCGAAUAUUGGGAGUUCCAAGACUUCAAGGGCACACCCGAGUCCAGUUCCUUGCCAGGUUUAGUAAGCCAACAGAAAGUACCCGACGACAGCAAUGUACACACAGCCACGACAGUGAAUGCGUUGCCCAAUCCCAGUGUAGCGUAUCAAACGCAGCUGUUACAGCCCAUUAAGAUAGAACCGGCAAUGCCUACGCUAAACUGGCCUGACCCUGGUGAAGUGAAAGCUACAUUUGACGAUUUCACAGAUUUUGUGUCAAUAUCAACAUCAUUACCCGAAAGUCAGGACUAUACUAAACCACAAGACGUAGAAUUAGAUACUCAGUCGAAUACCCUCAAGUCUGAUAACUUCAAUGAUCUCAAAGAGAAAGUGAAAGUAGUAGCGGAAGCAAGCAAACCUGAAAACGAGAGUUUGGAUGAUGAUUUUGAUACCUUUCAAUCGGCACUACCCUCAAAAGCACCAACACCAAGCAAUAACUUUAAAUCAAACACUUUUGGUGAUACUCAAACGCCUUUUGAGCAACCAAUAGAUUUCGAUUAUGCAUCUUCGAAAACUAACCAUAUGAAGUCUGAUACCAUAUCAUUUACGACUAUGACAAGACCAAAUGAAGCUUUAACAAACAAUGUAAGUUACAACUCGAAUACUCCAGAAUUUACGAGUAAGAUUCCAUUGUCUUCAAAUGCACCAAUACAAACAGGACUACUACAGCCUACACCUGCGAGUUUUGCCCCUGUGAAUACACAAAAUCAACGAACAACUGGCCAAAUAUUGCAACCCUUAUCAUUAGAAAGCUAUUCGCAAAUAAACUGGCCAAGUCCUGGAAUAGAUUUGCAGGACCUGUCAAGGUUUAAUCCUGUUGAAACUCUACAGUCGUUAAAAAGCGAUUUAAGUGUUAGUGGUCUUAGUAAAGGUGCCUCACCAGUUCACACACAAAAGAGUACCACAGUCAGCCAGCCACCUGAUGAUGAUGUUUGGGGAGACUUUGUAUCGAGCAAGCCUAAACAACAACCUUCUCAGCCCAAGAAACCGCCAGUUUUUGCGGAAGAUGAUGAAUGGUCAGACUUUAUAUCUAGCCCGAGUGUAAAAUCCCAAAACGGAUUAAAUACGAUAAGUUUAAAUGUGCACACGAACUCAAAUAUUCAAAAAACAGUUCAGAAUAAAUUUUCAAUGAAAAAUAACCAGACACCUGUCGAUAUUCCGACAUUAAAUUAUAUAACUCCGAAAUCAAACCCUCACAAGACAUACAAUGAUAAACAUUUCCAGAACUUAUAACAACACAACACUACAAAUCUCCUAAUUUAUUAAAACUGUACUUAAUUGUAAUAAGUAUUACAUGAAAUUAUAAUUAUGUAUAUAGGGUGAUGGUGUAUAAUUUUGUAACAUUUCUAACUAUUUAAUUUUAUAUAAAAGUCAGAAUUUAUUGUAAUUUGUUUUUGCACUAGAUCGUAGUAUAUUAGGUACUCGUACCCGUUAUUAGCUGUUAUAUUUAGCACUUGCACAUGCUCAUAAUGUGAUUAGAUCAAGAAUUGCGGACGAAAUUAUAAUUUAACUAGAUAUACAGAGAGCCCACAUUCAUUUAAUUUGAUUUCAAUGUAGUAAUGUGCAAGUUUGUAUCAUGUCCCGUCCUUAAUUGUUUUGAAUUAGUUUAUCAUUAAGUUUUGUCAGUGCAAAGGAUAAGAGUUGUAUUAUUAAAGAACGUAAGCCAGUAAAAGCAAUAUGUAAUUAUGAAAUUAUUAUUGAUUUAUAGUAUUUGUAUAUACUUAAUGUGAAUUACCUAUGUAUAAAUUGUAAAUUUGUUUAAAAUGUAUAUGACUAUGUGGAGAUGGUUUAUUUUGUCUGUUGAAGUUAGCACUGAUAGUCUGAUAUAUUAUACUAAAACUGGUAAAUGUUUAGGUUGUACUGUGAGUGAGGCACUAAAAGUAUAUCAAAUAACAUAGACGAUAUCAGAGCUACAGGAUGUCAGAGUAUAAGCAAAAUAUUUAUUUGCACCAAAUAUAAAUUGGACGAAAGUAAUAAUUACUGCUGUAUGUUAGUAAAACAUAAUGAAGGUAUUUAUAAUCAUUUUAAAUACAAAUUGGUCCAGUUGUUGGAAGUAUAUUUUGUCAGUAUUUGUAAAUCAAGAUUAACAUAUAUUUUAUUUAUAAUCAAUUAAUUUUUCACAUAAUGUUUCUACGAAUUAUUUAAUUAUUUUAAAGACCAAUCUAUGUUUCUUGUUUAUACUGUGAACAAUUGGUUGUAGCUGAUUGUUAAUAAAGUGUAAAUAAUGAGACUUAUUAUCCUUCUAAA